CCUGUGUGGAGAGCGUAAAGUAUAAAAAGGCUUUCCAUGAGCACGAAUACUCAUUCACUCAGUUAAGGUCUUUUGGAUUAGACAAGUUGAUGCGUUUUACCAGCUGUGUUUUGAGUGAAAAGAAUUUAGGAAAAAAUUUAAGCAUUCAAAAAAGUUUAUGGAUAGCUAAAGGAACUAAACAGAUGUGUGAAAAUAGUGAACAUUUAAGUAGUCAACAAAUAACAAUUGACAUUUUUACGGAAUUAGGAUUUACAGACGUUUAAACAGCACGAACGUUCACGGCGGUGCAACGCCCUUUGGUGUACUCACAGUUCACGUGAAAAGGGCAAAACAUUCCCAUUUGGCGGAUACUUGACACAGAUUAAUUGAGCAGAAAGACUGAAAAUCGAUUUUUUCUUCGCGGAAUAUUCGGGCGCAAUGAUACAAAUUGAAAAUUGAUUUCUUACUGUCUCUAAAGUUAUUUUAAAUCAAAACGCUUCAAUAAGUAUCGUAACCUGCGCAUUUCGCUUUGGAGCUUGAAUAAACUGACAAAGUGCUGAAUUAAUAAUUUAUUAGAUAUAAAUGAGAAUUAUUUUAUAUAAAGCAAAAAUCAAUUCAGCACACAGAGAUCUCUUUAACUGAAAUCCUUAAUAAAGAAAUUUUAAAACAAUUUUUAAUAAAGCUUCUAAACAAACUACAACAACGGAGCCAUUACUGAAACUCAAAAUCAAACUAGGCGCCCCUGGCGAGUUCGCCUAUACAUCUGGGCGGAAUUCACGUACCAAAAAGACAACGCCGCAUCGGUAGCCAAAACGGUAUUGGAACCGCCAUAUUCAUAACUUGCCAAUUAACGGCGAACUUCGCAGAAAUUUCCGCAUACAGAAUUCUGAAUCGAUGGCGUACUUAAUUAAUAUACUUAAAUUCAAUGUGAAAUAUCUAAAAAGCAAUUAAUAGCCGUAAUACACCAACAAUAAUAUCAAUAAUUGUAAUAAAGGGAAUAUACUAUUCGUUGACGUGCAAACCCAGCUAAUUAGAAGAGCUACCCCAAAAAUUUAAGCAAACAAUAAUAGAACGGCAAAACCAAUACAAUGGAUCAAUAAGCAAUUACAUUAAUAAACUACUAGCCAAAAACAAGGAAGACAAGGCAAACAUCGCUUGUGGAAAGUUAUAAAACUCAACCUCCAAUAUAAGCAAUAUCUGGUGUUUACUAUUCUCUUCACUCCCCGCCGUACAUCUACAUAUAUUUUUAAUUGUUAUCUGCAUUUUUUAAAUUUUGCUUUGUGCAGCUUUUUCCAUUGCCUAAUGUACGCAUUUACGCUGAACAAAUAGUGAAUAUAUUGAAGUGGCCGAUUGGGGCAAGGUUUACACUCAUAUCAUGGAAAAAUCUGAAAAAUUUUCAGAUUACCUUUUCGCGAAAAUGGGCCCGCCCACAAGUACAACUCUUAAUGGAACUGAGCUACCACCAAAAACUACCGAACGGAGCGGUGCGCCUCGUGAACUCACCGGCUACCGGAGAUGGCUGCAAGAUAAUCUAAUGUUGCUGGUGACACUGUCUGGAGUUUUAUUGGGAGUUAUUUUCGGAUUUUCAUUGAGGCCUUUGAAUUUACACGAGGAUUCCAUUAUGUUGAUUUCGUAUCCGGGCGAACUGUUCAUGCGCGUUUUGAAGCUAAUGAUUUUGCCAUUGAUCAUAUCAAGUUUGAUCGCCGGAUCAGCCAGUUUGAAUGCACGAAUGAAUGGAAAAAUUGCACUCCGUACUUUGGUAUAUUUUGUUACUACUUCGUUCCUGAAUGCUCUGCUGGGUAUUGCUUUGGUGUUGCUAAUUCAUCCCGGUGAUCCAAACCUUCAUAACACCGUCGAUCGCUCUACAGAUAAGAGGGCUGUUAAUCUGCUGGACAGCCUUUUGGAUUUGGGAAGGAACGUAUUUCCGGACAAUUUAUUUCAGGCGUCCUUUCAACAAGCGCACACUGUUUAUCUUCCUAAGCCAAAUAUUUUACAUACUUUUAAUGAGACACUCAACGAUACAACGAUGGGCACGGAGUUAGAGCCCGUAGAGGAGGUACUAUCAGAGCAGCAAGCGAAAAACGUACUCCAACCUACUCUGAUACGAGUCGUACAGUAUCGCAGCGGUACCAACACCCUCGGCAUUGUGUUCUUUUGUCUAGUUUUCGGCACCAUUCUGGGUACCAUCGGCGAAAAAGGUCAAAUUGUUGUGGAUUUUUUCACUGCCGUUUUUGAAGUCAUUAUGAAGAUGGUCACUUGCGUCAUGUGGCUAACACCAAUCGGUAUAAGUUCAGUGAUAGCGGGUAAAAUUUUGGGCGUAAACGAUUUGCACUUGGUAAUGGAGCAGCUAAUGUGGUUCAUAGUCACGAAUCUGAUUGGCGUGGGCCUUUAUCAGUUCAUUAUAAUGCAGGCGAUUUAUUUUGUGAUCGUGCGACGCAACCCAUUCAAAUUCUAUGUCGGACUCAUACAGCCUAUGCUGACCGCUUUUGCGACAGCCUCAACUGCUGCAGCUCUACCGAUCACAUUCCGUUGCAUGAACGAUAAGUUGCGUGUGGAUCAGCGCAUUAGCCGUUUCGUUCUGCCCAUUGGUUGCAACAUCAACAUGGACGGCACGGCACUCUUCAUAGCAAUUGCCUCCAUCUUCAUUGCUCAGAUGAGCGGCAUUGUUCUGGGCUUCGGUGAAUUGGUGACAGUUUUAUUGACUUCAACUGCUGCAUCUAUGAGUUCGGCCAGUGUUCCCAGUGCAGCUCUGGUUCUUUUGCUGGUAGUGCUGACUGCCAUCGAUGCACCCGUACAGGAUGUAACUCUCCUCUUCGCUGUGGAUUGGUGUGUUGAUCGUAUGCGUACCACCAACAAUAUGCUCGGCGAUUGCUACGCAGCUGCCGUCGUUGAAGAGCUGUCACGUAAAGAGCUAAUGGCACUGGAUGCCGCUAUACUUUACCAGGUAAUACAAAAUCGCCGUUGAUAACUAUUUAAAAAACAACAA